AUGAAAUCUCGCAAUGGAACUCAUUCAUUUAGCAAUCUUGUUCGUGAAAAAAUCCUUUUUCGUAAAAAUGAUCAAGACAUUAAACAGCUUUCUGAAAAUAAACAUGUUAAAGAAACAAGAAAAGUAUCAAUUGUGUCCGUGCUAGAUAAUCAAAAGAUAAAAAACAGGAAAGGUAAAUGUCGAUUGUCACUGGCUCCAACCAGUGAAGAAAAAUUUGAAGCUGGAAAUUUCUCGAGACAAUACAAUUUUAAAUCCAAUAAUGAUGAUCAUGUAUCAACAAUCGAAGAACCACAAAUUGAAUGCAAAAAUAAUGAUCAUCAACUUGCAGAGUCUCUUUCAAAAUUAAAGAUUGACAAUAAUAAUAAUAAUAAUAAUGAAAAUCUACAAGAAAACAAAGACAACAGUUCCAGAAAAAACGAACAUAUCGAAGAGAAUAUCAAUGAAACAGAUGGAGAAGAGCUAAAUCUAUCAGAAGAUACAAAUCCAAAAGAUAUUUCUUUAGAAGAGAAGCUUGCAGACAAUCGUGAAAUGGAAAUUCUUGGUAUAAUGAAUCUAUCUUCAAUGAAUAUAACCGAUCAUGAUAUGAUAUUAAUCAUACAACGAGCUUUUUAUGACUAUAAAUCAAAAUGUAUUGGCCUGAUCUUACGUAAUAAUGAUUUGACAUCGAUUGGCGUUAAAAUGCUCGUUGAUACAUUAAUUUCAUCACGUACAAAAUUAAAAUAUCUUAGCUUCUCAAACAAUCCAAACAUAGGAGAUAAAGGAGUCGAAUAUUUAACUAAUUUAUUACAAAAAAAUCGAUCACUUACUUUUCUGGCAUUACCUAAUACGGGUAUGACAGAUUAUGGUGUUCGAUUACUUGCUGAUGUACUCUGUGGUGUCAAUGAUGAUUCAACUUGUCCACCUCUUGAAAAACUACAUAUUUCAUUUAAUAAAUUAAUAACUGAUCAAUCAAUCGAAGCUCUUAUUCAAAUAAUUGAGCAGAAUCAAACAUUGAAAUUACUUUCUUUGCAAUAUUGUAGUUUAUCUGACAAAGUUCGACGAAAAUUGAGAAAAGCAGUUACAAAAAAGAAGAAAAAAUUCAGUCUUUCGGAGUAA